CAAGUCGAGAAUUGCACAGGCCGCCUUUGGUGAAUGUGGAUUCGAACAGCUAAAUCACCCACCCUACAGCCCAGACUUAGCCCCAGUGACUAUUUCCUGUUCCGGCAAAUGAAAUUGCCCUUCGUGGAAGACGCUUCGAGGAUGACGGGGACAUUAAAACUGCCACAGAGGCGUGGUAAGAGGGCCAAUCUGCAGAUUUCUAUAAAAGUGGUAUUAAAAGCUUGAGGGACAAAUGGAAGUGUAUUGAGGUGAAUAGAGAUUAUAUUGAAAAAUAAAAGUGCAAAAGAUAUUCUGCGACUUGGUCUUAUAUUGAAGUUGCAAAACGUAUUGAACGCCCGUCGUAUAUUGACUUUUAUCAGUUCCAUAUGAUGUGAUACUAUGCAUUAACCUAGUUGAUUCAAUCUAAAUGUUAGACUUGUAUUGCAAUAUAAAAUGAUAACUAUGAGUUAUGUCGCUGGAGAGAGAACAGACAGAUCGUCUGCACACUGGGCCAGAGGUGUCGUUUGCUAGCACAUCAAAUUAUCAUCGGAAGUGUUAAGAAAGUGAGAUCACGAAAUAACGGGAAAAUCAGAUAUCAUGGGAAAACCCCGGCUAACUCCCUGGAUGCCGAGGGGAUCCAGAGGUUAAAGUGUAAGGUGAUUCGCCUCUCGCUCGGACUGUUGAUACAGCCGAUACCCCGCAUGUUGACACUACACUUUCACAAUCUCCAGCCUGCUCAGACAUAGACAGGUCAGCGUGUUUUGUGUGGAACGUGGCCUCCGCUGACAUGGCGGACAUUCAGUUGUAUCACUUCCCGGGAAGCGCGCCAUGUCGUUCUGUCAUCAUGACGGCCAAGGCUCUUGGUGUACCACUCGACUUGAAACCACUCGACCUCAUGAACAAAGAUCAUCUUAGCCCUGAGUUUGCAAAGAUAAACCCGGAUCAAACCGUCCCAACAAUCAUAGAUGGAGACUUCACGCUAUGGGAGAGCCGCGCCAUCAUGCGCUACCUGGUGGCGAAGUAUGGGGGUGAGGACAACAGCCUGUACCCCCGGGACCUCCAGAAGAGGGCAGCGGUGGACCGACUCCUGGACUAUGAUCUGGGGGUCUUCUACAGAGCCAUGAUUGAGUGUGUGUGGCUGCCGUUCAGAGACAAAAUUAAGGUGACAAAAGAACAAGACGAGAAGGUUAUCAAGGCUUUCGAGCGGAUUGAUACACACGUCAAGGAUAUGAAGUUCCUCACCGGAAAUACCCUCACCAUUGCUGACUUUGCGGUGGUAGUUGGGUUUGCAGCAGAAGAGCUCUAUCCAGGGGAUAUGUCAAAGUACCCAAAUGCUAUGGCAUGGUACAAGAGAGUACAGGAAUUACCCUAUUACAAAGAAGCGAAUCAAUCAUAUUUUGAAUUACUCGAAAAAUAUCAGAUUGGAAAAUCUGAAAAGUAAAACAUUGAAAAAACAUAAAUAUGUGCAGAUCCAUGAAAGUGUACGGAUGCAAAAAGAAGAGACGUCACAUCAAUAUGGCAGUAGAGGAGUUUAUUGUAGUGUCAGUAUUAAAUCAUGAAUCUGCAUAAACCAAAGAUGAACUCAAUUUUUACUUAAGUUUUAAAAUAUUUCUUAUCACAAAUUACUCACAAUCAUAUUGAAAUACAGUACCCGUAAUGAAGUAUCUCAUGUAUUGUAACUGAUGCAUGGCAAUAGAUGAUUGAAUUGAUACCAAAUGUCUCUCUAAUUUAUACCCUAGCUUACCGUGCCAUACACGAUCAAAGGCUUUUGGUAGAUCACAGAAUACAAUGAAAUAGAAAUGAAUUGAUUGCUUAUUAGUUUUUCAAAUGAUUCCCUCCGAAGUCGACACACUGCCAACGAUUCUGAAGUGCCAGGAUCUCUCUGAUGUUGAAGGUUGCCUCCUAAUGGUAUAAAAAGUCCUCCACAGCAGAAAUACCAUCAUCAUCAUUUUAGAGACCCGUGAAGAUGCGGUGUCUUCAGCAGCCCAUGCGUGUCGUAAGAGGCGACUAACAGGAUCAGGUGGUCAGGCUUGCUGUCUCGGUUGAUGCUUGUCAU